ACUAACUGCCCAUUGGCUUGCAGGCAUUUGAGGGAGAUUUUAACUGUUAAAGAGGGAGGGAGAGAGCAAAAGUCACUGGCAGUGUGGAGAUAUUUGAAUCACUGGCCGUAGCCUGUCAGCAGGUGGCAGAGGGAGCAACUCAGUGGGUGACGUCCAGUCCUCCAGAGAAGAGGAAGAAGGAAAGUAGGUAGAAGAGGAGAAAGUUUAAGGAAACUCUCAAGGCAAUGACCACCAGACUCCUGAGGAGGGCCCUGGGCCUGGUGGCUCUACUUUGCACAGUGUCACACUUCAGCUCCGCUGACAAUCAACUAGACCCUUCAGCCUCAGAGCAGGGAGUCACCUUCAGCCACGUCUAUAAAAUUGACAUCCCAGGGAGCACCAGUUGUAAAUUAGAAGAACUGCCAGCCCAAGACGAAAGAGAGUCCCCAAAAAAUGGAGAGAAUGACAUUAUCUUUAGACACAACAUUAAGCUGCAGACUCCCAAGUGUGACUGUGAGGAGUCUGAAAGCUUCAAGUCUCUGUUGUACAGAGUCAAUGGACUGGAAGAAGAAGUCAACUACCUAAAGACACAGUGUGCUCAGGGCUGCUGUGGAAGCGGCGGUGCUGCAGGUGUGGACACAAGUUGUAGUGGCCACGGUACCUACCAACAGCAGAGCUGCAGCUGCCUCUGUAACCCAGGAUGGGAAGGCCCGGACUGCUCCGAGUCCUCCUGUCCUGACGAGUGCAAUGACAACGGCCGAUGCGUGGAUGGGAAGUGCGUGUGCCAUCAGGGCUACACAGGAGACGACUGCAGCCAGAUGACGUGUCCGGACAACUGCAACGACAAGGGGCAGUGUGUAGACGGGAAAUGUGUGUGCUUCCCACACUUCACCGGCGAAAACUGCGACACGCAGAAGUGUCCUAACGACUGCAUUGGUAACGGCCAGUGCAUGGAUGGGAAGUGCAUCUGUGACGAAGGCUUUUACGGAGAGGACUGUUCAUCGGUUCUUGGACCCCAGGGUCUGCGCUUGGUCCAAGUGACUGACGUCUCCCUCCUGGUUGAGUGGGAGUCCGUUGGAGGGGCAGAGUAUUACGUGUUGUCGUAUUAUCCCAAAGAUGAUGAGGGUGCCCUGGAGCAGGUUGAGAUUUCCAACACAGAGAACUCCUAUCUCAUCACUGGACUGACCCCUGGGGUUACCUACGUGGUCGAAGUGUACGCCAUGGUCAAACAAAUCCAGAGUGAAGCAGAGAAGCUCGAAGCCACCACAGAUGUCUCAGCUAUUGAUGAUAUCCGAGUCCUUGGCCAGACCGAGGUCUCUAUCCAGGUGGACUGGAAGAACCCCCAAGCUGAGCUGGACUACUUCAGGCUCACACACACUGACCCCGCGGGACAGGAGGAGGAGCUGAACGUACAGAGGAGCCAAGAGGCACGCACCAGGCACACUAUUGUGGGUCUGUAUCCAGGAACAGAGUACCAGAUCACAGUGCAAGCCAUCAAAGGAAACUCUGAGGGACAGGCUUCUUCUGUCACAGGAGCCACAGACAUUGAUGCGCCAACAAACCUCAUCACCACUGAAAUAACAGAGGACAGCGCGACAGUCUCCUGGGACCAGGUCCAGGCUGAAAUAGACGGCUACAUGCUGAGCUACACUACAGCUGAGGGAUCAAGCUCAGACAUCCCUGUAGGGCGUGACAGCACCUCAUACAGGCUGAUUGGCCUGAAGCCUGGAGUUCUCCACACCGUCUACAUCUGGGCCUACAGGGGAGACCAAGUGAGCAGCAAGGCUUCAACCAAAGCCGAAACAGAGCUGGAUGCUCCUACUAACGUCUUGGCCCAGGAUGAGACAGAGUCCAGCUUCUGGGUGUACUGGGAUCCCACUCAGGCAGAAAUUGAUGGCUACAUCCUUACCUAUAGCUCUUCCGAGGGCUCAAGCGAGGAAAUCCCAAUUGGGUCUGACAGUACUUCAUACAUGCUGACUGGUCUAAGGCCUGGGGUCCUCUACACUGUCUACCUCUGGGCCAUCAAGGGGAGCCAAGCCAGCAGGAAGGUCCCAACACAAGCUGAGACAGAACUGGAUGCUCCUGCUAACCUCUUAGCCAGAGAUGAAACAGAGUCCGGCUUCACCGUGUCAUGGGAUCCACCCCAGGCAGAAAUUGAUGGCUACGUCCUAACCUACACCUCCUCUGAAGGCUCUAGUGAGGAAAUCUCAGUGGGGCCCGGCAGCACUUCUUAUACGCUGACCGGUCUGAGGCCAGGUGUCCUCUACACGGUCUACAUUUUGGCCAUCAAAGGAAACAAAGCCAGCAGGAAGAGCUCGACACAAGCUGAGACAGAACUGGAUGCUCCUGCUAACCCCUUAGCCCAAGAGGAAACAGAGGCCAGGUUCAGCGUGUCAUGGGAUCCGGCCCAGGCAGAAAUUGAUGGCUACAUCCUAACCUAUAGCUCCUCUGAGGGCUCUAGUGAGGAAAUCCCAGUUGGGUCUGACAGGACCUCUUACAUGCUGACUAGCCUGAGGCCUGGAGUUCUCUACACUGUCUACAUCUGGGCCGUCAAGGGGAGCAAAGCCAGCAGGAAGAUUUCAACCGAAGCUGAGACAGACAUUGACUCUCCUAAGGACCUGAAGGCUAUGGAUGUGACUACGGAUUCUGCCUCUUUGACGUGGAUUCCUCCUCUGGCUGACAUUGAGGGUUACAUCCUCACCUACAGGGAUGAAGAUGGCAACAGGGAGACUGUUGAAAAGCAGCUUGGAGCCAGUGAGAGCAGCUUUGCUUUGUCCGGCCUGGAGAUGGGGAAGAGCUACAUUGUGACUGUCAUUGCCUACAGAGGCAGCAGGAGGAGCAAGGUGGUAGAGACCAUCUUCAAAACAGUUGGUGUCCUGUAUCCUUUCCCCAUGGACUGCGUUCAGAUCAUGAAGAACGGCAAUAAGAGGAGCGGCGUCUUUACCGUCUACAUCAACAACGAUCAGUCCAAACCAAUAGAGGUUUACUGUGACAUGGACACAGAUGGAGGCGGAUGGCUGUUGCUUCAGCGCCGUGUCAAUGGAAAGCUGGACUUUAUGAAGCGUUGGAGGCAGUACAUAGCAGGCUUCGGCAACCUGACGGAGGAGUUCUGGCUCGGUCUUGACAAGAUAUACGAGCUCACCAACACCCCUACUCAGUAUGAGCUGAGGUUUGACCUGGGCCUGGGCUCGGAGAGGGCCUACGCUAUAUAUGACAACUUUAGGAUCGCACCAGUUAAACAGAAGUUUAAACUCACGAUUGGUGAAUACCGCGGAACAGCAGGUGAUGCUAUGACCUACCACCAAGGCCGGCCGUGGUCUACUGUUGAUUCAGAUAACGACAUCGCCCUGAGUAACUGCGCCCUGACCCACCGCGGCGCCUGGUGGUACGCAAACUGCCACCUGGCCAACCUCAACGGCAAAUGGGGUGACGACAGACACAGCAUGGGGGUGAACUGGAAACCGUGGAAGGGCCACCUGACGUCCCUCGACUUCACCGAGAUGAAGAUCCGACCCGUGGGAGCCCUGUCCAGCAGGAAGAGGCGAUCGUUGACGGCCAGGGAGAAAAGCAGAACCGCGAGCCUGGGACGGAAAUAGACGAGCGCCUUUGCCCAGAAACAGAGGUCAUCGGCCCCAUUAACCUGCCAUCGCACUAGAUUUUGGUGUUUCUGUACAUUUGUAGAUACAUUAUAAUUCCUCUUGUUCCACUUGCCUCUAUAUUUUCAGUCAACUUUUUGGGAAAAGGAAUUAAAAAGUCAUAUGCAGAAGAAGAGUAACUUAUUAUCAGCCUGCUUUCAAGCCAGAAAUUCUUAGGUUUAGUGUGAUUGUAGGAAAGGAAGUGCCUUUGUGUAGUUAAUGAGUUUUGUCUCUCAGUUAUAAUUUAACUCCUGUUUCACUGAUUCUGCCAGAAACUUUGAUGAUAAAUCAGGAAACAGUAGAUUGAAAAUCAUUCAUUUAAACCCCUCCUUUUUUUAACCUCAGUGCAGCAGCCCAAGCUACUUGUGUUAUAUAUUUGUGUAUUUUAUGUCUUAGCAUUGUCUCGAGAGCGUAAAAUAUAUAUAAAAAAAUAUAUCUUGUGUUCUGUUAAAGGAUCUGGUGUAGACCAUUAGCAUGAGCCCUGACUUUAUUGAUUAUGAAGCCGGCUGGCUCUGGCACAUUAAACCGCCACUCUGCCUCGAAUACUGUCACAUCCCAUCAGGUCGUAUAGGACGAGCCAGAGAAUGACAACAAAUGGCUGAACACGCGGGUCCUGCUUUACAUUCACGUGACAUCGGCGGCUCAUAUCUAUCAACCUGACGUGCCCAUAGCAAAUGUCAAUAAAGUUUGUCCCAUCCUCAGGAACCUUCCAUCUGGGAAGCUGACAGGAGUUAUUAAUACUAUUUUGACUUUGAUUUUACUUAAUUACUUUUUUUCUUUUUUCUUUUUUUUAUACCUUUAUUACAAACUCGGUUUAUGUGACAAGGAUGGAGCACAUCAAUCUACCUUUCUGCUAAUCUGCCAGAAUUGAUUUGCAGUCCUUGCCUAUUUUUCAUUCGCCCAAGAAUUUUCCUUUUAAGAUUUCAUGGCCCGUAAGGAUUUAUUCCAGCCGAGCCUCGUCAGGAUUUUCAAGGUCAGAAAUGAGGGCUAAUGAACAAAAAAGCCCCGUGUAUUAAUAUUUUCUUGACUCAUUGUAUUGUCAAUCUAGCAUCAUGAUAGCUGUUCACUUGUAUUCACGCCGCCACCCACAGAAUAAAAGAUUAAAGUUUUGUUACAUCAAGA